AUGAUUGUUAACAAGAAACUCGAUCGCUUCAAGCAAUGGGCGGGAGAGAGGAUGGGAGGUGAAGUCAAAACCAAUACGACCGAUCAGUUCAAGGCCCUUGAGCAGGAAAUGGAUCUGCGACAACAGGGCAUGGACAAAAUGCAAGAAUCCAUGACCAUUUACAUGAAGGCCGUUUCGAAACGGACAGAGCUUGAGAAGAAGGAGAAGAUCUUGCCCGUUCAGCAUAUGGGAAGCAGCAUGAUACAACACAGCGACGAUUUCGAGCACGAUUCUGAAUAUGGUCAAUGUCUGAAUGCAUUUGGUCGUGCACAAGAACGAUUGGCGCGAGCUCAAGAGGCAUAUAUUAUUGCAGCUACCAACAGUUGGGGAGACAGCCUCGAACGCUCGACCGUCCAAAUGAAGGAAUACCAGGCGGCCAGAAAGAAACUAGAGUCACGCAGACUAGCAUACGAUACAUCCCUUGCUAAAAUGCAGAAAGCUAAAAGGGAAGACUUUCGUGUCGAGGAAGAGCUACGUUCACAACAACUCAAAUAUGAGGAGGCUGAAGCGGAUGUUGAACGAAGGAUGUUCGACGUCAAAGACGCUGAGGGCGAGAGCAUAGCCGACCUGACAACGUUCUUGGAUGCACAGCUUGCAUAUCACGACAAGUGUCGAGAAGCACUGCUUCAACUCCAGAACGAAUGGCCAGCUCGGGGCGUGGGGCAGAGCACUAGCGUUGCCCCAAAACAACCUCCACGACCACGGUCGAAUACCGUGAGGUCAUAUCUAUCUACCCACUCACAGCAGGAGGAACCAGCUGUGAUAGAACGGCCAAGUAUCAGAUCACGGGCUACAACAGCGUCGUACCAGCAACGAUAUGCCGACCCAAUUGCAGACGACGAACCUCGAGCAAGACCUGGGUUAGGUCGUAGUACGACUUAUCAACAGCCAGCUCAAGUGCGGCGAGACUUAUCGCCUGUAGCACCAGUUCGCCUGUCCAGAGUGCCAAGUGAUUCUUUGACGAUACAGCAGACCAGGUCGAACCUUCGACGGGUCGACACUGGUUCGAGCCAGCAAGAUGUUUUUGCUGACGAAGGUCAAUCUUACAGGUCUGUCUCGCCACAAACGCCUCAAAGUACUGGUUCCCAAACACCUCUAGCAGGCGGUAGGCGAGCACCUCCACCACCUCCACCGUCGAGAGCAUCGAAACCAGGAAUACCAGGACUAGGGAAACCUGCUCCACCACCACCUCCUGCGAAAAGGACAUUGAUUGCAUGA